AUGAACGGUUUCAGGAGAUCGGGAUCGAUUGUUCGCAGAUUGUUCGGCGGCCUCAAAUCCGCCGCCGUGUCACCAGCAGCGGCAAGGGCGGGAGGAGCUACGCCGGCGAUUCCGCGGCAGGUUUCUCUCCCGAGCUUCAGGUAUUCCGCCUUCUUCGCCCGCAUCACUCGCCCUCAUCCGCCAUUCUCUCCGCCUCCCUUCAAGGCCGGAGCCGGUGGGCGGAGGUUCUUCUACGUCGACCGGCACCAGGUUCAUCACUUCCGCCGCCGGGGAGCCCACCGCUGGUUCGAGAACCCUAGGACCGUCCUCCUCGUCGUCGUCUUCGGCGGCGCUGGUGUGGUCACCUUAUACUAUGGGAACCUGGAGGCAGUCCCCUACACGAAGCGCACGCACUUUGUGCUCCUGUCUCCCACAGUCGAGAGGCAGCUCGGGGAAAGCCAGUUUGAGCACCUCAAGGCGGAGCUGAAGGAUAAGAUGCUGCCGCCGACCCACCCCGACAGCAUCCGGGUGAGGCUGAUAGCCAAGGACAUUGUGGAUGCACUGCAGAGGGGGCUCCGAAAGCAUGAGCGCGACUGGAGAGACCCAGAGUAUUCAUCUACUGCGCCUACGGUGGGCGGCUCUGGGGAGGAGACAUGGGGAGCAUCAGACUGGGAUGAAGACGGGGAAGGCCGAAAGGAGGUGGCUUGGAGCCGCAAGGACGAGAUCCUGGAUGACAGAUGGGUUCAGCAGAGUCGGAAGGCAGGGGAGGUUAGGGGUCUUGAGCCGGCGACAGAGCACCUUCAGGGCUUGAAUUGGGAGGUGGUGCUGGUGAGGAACCCCACCACCAACGCCAUGUGUCUUCCCGGUGGGAAGAUCAUCGUCUUCACUGGACUUCUCGACAACUUCAGAAGUGACGCGGAGAUAGCCACUGUCAUUGGUCAUGAGGUAUUGUAUUGUUUAACAUCGAGAAAUCAUUUUUUGUUAGAAUCUGUUGCUGUCGUACAAACUUCAAUAUUUUGUCCUUUUAAGCGUAGGUUGGACAUGCUGUUGCCCGGCAUGCGGCUGAAGGGAUCACGAAGAACCUGUGGGUUGCUGUGCUUCAGUUGAUCCUCUACCAGUUCUUCGCGUUACCCGAUCUCAUCAAUGCCAUGUCGAGCCUUCUUCUGAAGCUUCCUUUCUCUCGCAGGUAUCUGACGCUUUAAGAGCUCUUUUAGAUAUUGUUAAUAGUACUGGGAACUUCCAUGCGACUUUUUUGGUUUUACCGUUCAUUAGUUGUCCAGUGAUUAGUCUUAAUGCACCCACCUGGUGAACCCCAGUGAUUAGAACUUAAUUUCAAUAUCUCUUUUAGAAUUUAAUGUAAUCGGGAGAUCCAUGUAACUUUUUUGGUUGAAUGAUUUCAAGUUCAUAAUUUUGCUGAGUGCAGUAAAAGGAGCUGAGUUUGGUAUAAAAGACUGAACCUCCUUGACCUGUUUUACGUAAUGUUGGGCAUAAUUUUCGCCCAAUUAAGUGGGGGCCUUAGGAAAUGUGAAGUAGAUGUGAUACUUUCAUUUGGACUUAGCUUUUGAAUGUCUCCUAUCAGAGGUCGAUUCACCGAUGAAUUCAUUGAUUGCUAGUAAAACCCCGAACUCCAAUCUCUGAGCGGUUGAUCAGUUUUGUGAAAGCCAGCUAUUAGGUCCACGUUUUUCUGCCAAGGAUCCGGCUCAGUUUGUUCUAUAUUGAUCAUUUAGAUGCAGAUAUGUUCUUAUUAUUAGUUCACCUGAGUGACCCAUGCGCAGUUACCAUUCUUUUGGAAGACUUGGUUUCUUUGAGACCAAGAUUGUCUCCGAAGAGCCUGUUCUUUCAGGCUGCAGUUGAUGGCUUCUUGUCCUUCACUUAGAGAUGAAUUAAUUUCUUGGUGCCUGGGUCAGUACCAUAACGCUCAUAACGGUUUUCUUGAUGCUUCUUCCCUGAAUUGGUUUUGUUUUUUUUUUUUUUUUUUUUUACCCUUGUAAAUGUCAGUGCUGUUCUUCACGUCGUUCCUCGUUUCUGCAACCAGAAUGGAGAUGGAAGCAGACUACAUUGGGCUGCUCCUGCUCGCGGCGGCUGGGUACGAUCCUCGGGUGGCACCAAUGGUGUAUGAGAAGCUGGGGAAGAUCACCGGGGACUCCUUGCUGAGGGACUACCUCUCCACUCACCCAUCCAGCAGGAAGAGAGCGGAUCUUCUCUCCCGGGCCCACGUCAUGGGCGAAGCUCUGGCCAUAUACCAGGACGCCAUUGCCGGCCGCGGGGUGGAGGGCUUCCUUUGA